CCCCAGUGGGGCCGGGGCCAGCACCGCGCCGCGCGCUGCUGGGGGGGGUCUGUCCCGCACCGCUCCGCACCGCUCCGCACCCCUCCGCGCCCCUCCGCGCCCCUCCGCACCCCCAGGCCGGCAGCAGGAUGAUCGCAUCCCACCUCCUCGCGUACUUCUUCACUGAGCUGAACCAUGAUCAGACACAGAAGAUUGACAAGUACCUCUACCACAUGCGGCUCUCCGAGGAGACCCUCCAGGAGGUGUCCCAACGUUUUGAGAAGGAGAUGGAGAAGGGGCUGGGAGCUAACACCAACCCCACGGCCGUGGUGAAGAUGCUGCCCACCUUUGUGAGAUCCACCCCGGAUGGGACAGAGGAUGGGGACUUCUUGGCACUGGACCUUGGUGGCACCAAUUUCCGUGUGCUGAGGGUGAAGGUGUCUGACAAUGGCCUGCAGAAGGUGGAGAUGGAGAAUCAGAUCUACGCCAUCCCUGAGGAGCUGAUGCGAGGCAGUGGGGUGCAGCUCUUUGACCACAUUGCUGAGUGCUUGUCCAACUUCAUGGAGAAGCUGAAAAUCAAAGACAAGAAACUCCCCCUCGGGUUCACCUUCUCCUUCCCCUGUUACCAGACCAAGCUGGAUGAGAGCAUCCUCGUGACGUGGACAAAAGGGUUCAAAGUCAGCAGCGUGGAGGGGAGAGAUGUGGUGUCCUUGCUGCGCAAAUCCAUCAAGAAAAGAGGGGACUUUGACAUUGACAUCGUGGCUGUGGUGAAUGACACCGUGGGGACGAUGAUGACCUGUGGCUAUGAUGAUCACAACUGUGAAAUUGGCCUCAUUGUUGGUACUGGUACCAAUGCCUGUUACAUGGAGGAGAUGAGGCACAUUGACCUGGUGGAAGGGGAUGAAGGUCGGAUGUGCAUCAACAUGGAGUGGGGGGCCUUUGGGGACGACGGGGUCCUCAACGACAUCCGGACCGAGUUCGACCGCGAGAUAGACAUGGGCUCGCUGAACCCUGGCAAACAAUUAUUUGAGAAGAUGAUCAGCGGGAUGUACAUGGGGGAGCUGGUCAGGCUCAUCCUGGUGAAGAUGACCAAGGAAGGGCUCUUGUUUGAAGGAAAGCUCACACCAGACCUGCUCACUACUGGACACUUUGAGACCAGAUACGUCUCUGCUAUUGAGAAGGAGAAGGAAGGGCUGCAGAAAGCCCACGAGAUCCUCAGCAAGCUGGGCCUGGAGCCCUCUCACGAGGACUGCGUGGCUACACACCGCAUCUGCCAGAUCGUUUCCACCCGCUCAGCAAACCUCUGCGGGGCCACCCUGGCUGCCGUCCUGCGCCGCAUCAAGGAGAACAAAGGGGUGGAGAGGCUGCGCUCCACCGUGGGCGUCGAUGGCUCAGUCUACAAGAAGCACCCACACUUCGCUCGGCGCCUCCACAAGACGGUGAGGAAGCUGCUGCCGGACUGCGAGAUCCGUUUCGUCAGGUCAGAGGAUGGCAGUGGCAAAGGGGCAGCCAUGGUGACAGCAGUGGCCUACAGGCUGGCUGCCCAGCACAAGGCACGGCAGAAGACUUUGGAGGCUCUGAAGCUGAGCCACGAGCAGCUCCUGGAGGUGAAGCAAAGGAUGAGGAUUGAGAUGGAGAAGGGGCUGGGCAAGGAGACACACGCAGAGGCCACAGUGAAAAUGCUGCCCACCUACGUGUGCUCAACUCCAGAUGGGACAGAAAAAGGAGAUUUCCUCGCCCUGGACCUUGGAGGUACCAAUUUCCGGGUGCUGCUGGUGCGCGUGAGGAACGGGAUGAGGCGUGGGGUGGAGAUGCACAACAAGAUCUACUCCAUCCCUGUGGAUAUCAUGCAGGGAACGGGAGAGGAGCUCUUUGACCACAUUGUCCACUGCAUUUCUGACUUCCUGGAAUACAUGGGAAUGAAGGGGGUAUCGCUCCCACUCGGAUUCACCUUCUCCUUCCCUUGCCAGCAGACCAACCUGGAUGAGGGGAUUCUCCUGAAAUGGACAAAAGGUUUCAAGGCGACCGGGUGUGAAGGAGAAGAUGUGGUGAGCCUGCUGAAGGAGGCCAUUCACAGGAGAGAGGAAUUUGACCUGGACGUGGUGGCAGUGGUCAAUGACACAGUUGGCACCAUGAUGACCUGUGGCUAUGAAGAUCCAUACUGUGAAGUUGGGCUGAUAGUUGGCACGGGCAGCAACGCCUGCUACAUGGAGGAGAUGAAGAACGUGGAGCUGGUGGAAGGGGAGGAGGGCAGGAUGUGUGUCAACAUGGAGUGGGGAGCGUUUGGUGACAACGGGUGCCUGGAUGAUAUCCGGACGGAGUUUGAUGUGGUGGUGGAUGAGCUGUCCCUCAACCCUGGGAAGCAAAGGUUUGAGAAGAUGAUCAGUGGGAUGUACCUGGGGGAGAUCGUCCGAAACAUCCUGAUGGACUUCACCAAGCGGGGGCUGCUCUUCCGGGGACGGAUCUCAGAGAGGCUGAAGACCAGAGGGAUCUUUGAGACCAAGUUCCUGUCCCAGAUUGAAAGUGACCGCCUGGCCCUGCUCCAGGUCCGCUCCAUCCUCCAGCACCUGGGUCUGGAGACCACGUGUGAUGACAGCAUCAUUGUGAAAGAGGUGUGCACGGUGGUGGCCCGGAGGGCAGCUCAGCUCUGUGGGGCUGGCAUGGCAGCUGUGGUGGACAAGAUCCGGGAGAACCGGGGGUUGGACUUCCUGAAGGUGACGGUCGGCGUGGAUGGGACCCUCUACAAGCUGCACCCUCACUUCUCCACCAUCAUGCAGGAGACCGUCAGGGAGCUGUCUCCCAAGUGUGAAGUCACCUUCCUGCAGUCGGAGGACGGGAGCGGGAAGGGCGCGGCGCUGAUCACGGCAGUGGCGUGCAGGAUCCGGGAGGCAGGGCAGCGGUAGGAGGGGGAGCUCUGCCCAGGAGAGCCCUGUCAGGAAAAAACAGGACAUUUCCCACCCAGUCCCCCUCGGUACACACACACACACGUGGCCUCCCCUUGCAGCAGACUCGUAGCUUUACUUGUUCUCUUGAGACACCACCACCAGUGGGACUGGAGAUGCUGUGUGCUUAGCGUUUAAAGAGCUGUCUUAGGAGUUUUCAUGCAUGCCAUAAAACCACCUCUCGAGUAAAGCUAGAAGUGUCUUUUGGCUGUCUACCUACAUUUCCAGUUAGAGCUGGGCCUGCUCCAACUCACAGCCUCCCUCAAACACCAGCUCUCCUCCCCACCUCUCCUUAACCACUCUCACACCUUCCCUUAACAGCAGAGAAAAACCAGAAUUGCUAGAAUUGAGACACUGCAUUGUCACUUUACCAUUAACUGGUACCUAUUUAUGUAUGUCGGGAGUCCUAGCGUUUGUCUGUGCUGUAGGAAGCAAACCUCUUGAAGAUUGGGCUAAAGACCUCCAUUAGUCUUUUACCCUGAUCAAGGCUGUAUUAUUUCCAUGAAAGUCAUGGUAACUCUUAAAAGCACAGGGUGCAGAACAUCAACCGAGUCUGCACUGGGAGAUACCAAGUAUCUCUGGUGGUGAGCAGUACAAAAAGAACUGCUGGAGCCAAGCUGGGGGUGCUCCUGCUCCCCCAACCACUCCAGCAGGGCACGUGCCUGGAAAUAAUUGGGGACUCAGGGUCUAAUCCCAUUUCCCAGCCUCUCACACGCACCCUAAAAUAGAGUGUAGUCCUGUAGGGUUGUGUGACACCCCUGGAAACCACUGGCACCCAUCCCUGGUGCAUGUGAGGAUAACAAGGAACCACCACCCAGAUGGGUCAGGCUCUUCCUGCAAACACAAACCCCACCCCACCCCCCAAAAAAAAGAAAAACGUCAUGGCCCUGUGUCUACACUUUGGUGUGGUGAGUUUGGUUUGCUUUUUGUCUGUGAAAUAGUUCUGUGUCUUCAGCCUUUUAGGUGACAGAUUUAUACACUGUAAUAUUUAUGUUUCAAGAGAUCUUGUCUUUUUAUGUACAUAGUCUUGGGGGGUUAUUUUGCUUAGUUUUGAUUUCACCUUUUAAUGUCACUUCAGAUCAGUACAGAGUAUUUUUUUUUUCUUGUGGUUGUUUUUUUGUCUUUUUUUUUAAUUUAAAAUUUUCUUGGGGUAGACUGGAGAAAGAGACCCAGACUCCUGAGAAGAGUUGUGGCAAGAGGUUUGGGUGUUCUGCAUUUACCACCAGGGAGCCAAGGAUGUGCUGCCCGGGGAGCUGUGGGGCCCUGCAGUGAAGCUUUCAGAAUUAGGCUGCUUUUAACCUAAGGAGAGGUUUUUGUUUCCUCCCAGCCUGUGUCACACCCCUGUGGGGACACAGCCCAGGGCUCUGCAGAGCCCCACAUCCCAGCCCCAACAACCACUCAGUCUCGAGUGCUGAUGCUGCACGAGCUGCUCACCUGGGUCCCUGACAUUUAGCAGCAAGAACUGGUGUCACCUCCGUUCCAUUUGGCAUCCUCAGGGCUGUUGGUGAGGUCUCUGCCCCUGUGCCAGGAGGGAAAGCAGUAAUUUAAAUUUUUGGCCACCAGAAAAGCCCCGUGGGUGAAAGGAAGGCUGCAGUUCUCUGCCUGAGAGAGCAGAGGUGUAGAGGCGGGGGUGUUUCUGUAAAUAUUUAGCAGAAGAUAAUGAAAUUCCAGUGAUGUACAAAAGAAAAGAAUAAUUAAUAAUUCCCAUGAACAGACCUUCAGUUUGGAGGAUAGAGUUUUUGUCUAUUUUUACGUAUAUUUUUAUACUGCUUGGGGUAACCUCUUACCAAAAGUCUCUCUUCUAUGUUGGGGGUCAAGUUCAGUAGCACAAUUUUAAAGCAAAAAUUACUCUUUGGGCAUUUUAGAUGCUUAUUUUUUUAUAAGCCUCAAGACAAUUAUAACCAAUAAAAUCUGUGUAUAGAAAUGAUGUAAGAAAGCAAGUUUAGUGGAAGUUUCCAGAAGAUGUGAAAUAAAUUUCUGCAAGAUGCUGUGGAAAUCCUCUAGCAGGGUACCAAGCAGCUGUGUGUGCUUCUUUCCUGAGUCCAGAGUUUUGCCUGCUGCCAAAUGAAAGCAGAAAUGUUUUCACCUGCUGCAUUAAUGCCUGUAUUUCAGAUUCUUAUCCAGCUGUACCCCUUUUAAGUACGUAGUGUUGUCAUCAGGUAGGGAGCUACAUUUUCUACAGCUGUAGCUUUAUUUUUUGGGGGGAGGGAAAGGGGGAGUAGGAAAGAUUGGGGUGGUGGGGCAGCCCUGGUUUUGUAGCUGAUUCAGGCUCCCAUGCAGCAAAGUGUUGGGAGAGGGCAGCUAAAAGGGUGAGAAGACAACCUGGUUAGUUAAGUACCCAGUUAGGUGGGAUGGGUGGAGCAGGAGAACCUUGCUCCCCUGGCCUUUCUGUGCAGCAAAGGACAGGCUGUAACCUGGCAGUGUCAGGAAGGAUGAGCCCUGAGCUGGCGGGGAAUUUCUGCUCUCCUGGAACAGAGGAAGGAGAGGGAGAAAUGAGCUGGAGCUACAGCUGCUUUGGGUCUGUCCCAGAGCAUCUGGGCUGGGGGAGCAGCAGCUCUGCAGGGCUGGCAGAGGCAGGGAGACACGUGCUGAAGCUGAAGGGUGUGGAGCUCAACUUUUUGUAGGGUCAGGGAGGGUUUUUGGCUGGGCUUGCUCAGGUGGAUGCCUACCUGGAUGUUCCCCAGGCUCCCUUGUCAGCUUUUGCUUCCCCUUUGCUUUGCCUCAGAAUGCAGCAGGGUCUGAAAUGUUCCUGGUUAAAAAAAAGCAAUACUUGAAGUGUUCCAAGACACCCGAGUUAACCUGUGAGCACAGAGGUGCCCAUGGCCAUAAAACAGGUUUUUCUUAUGAGACACUUUGAGAAGUUUGUGCUCUUUUUUGUCUCAAAGGGGAUGAGCACCAGAGAUGUUUGCUGUACAGUCUGGCUGUGACUUCAGGGGGACUGUGACCUCACACCAGAAGGGUGCCAGGGGAUGUUUUGUGAAUGUGUUUAAAAUGAAGAAGGGAAGACUCAGUUGUUACCAAUUCAUAUGAAGGGAAGAUCAAAUUCUUUUGUGUAAGGAGAGAGGGACAGGCUGAUCAGCUCGAGUUGCCCAGUCUGCCUCUUUCCUGCAGUAAGAAGAGCUGCUUUGUGGAUUUAGGAUGGCAUUUGGUUUGCUUGCUGGUCCCCAUUAGGAUGCAUUUUCUUUGGGCUCCUGGUGCUGUGCUGGCAUGUUCUCUGGCCACACAGGCAGCAGGAGAACAGGAGCUUCCUCUGUGUCAACUGCUAUACUGGACACACUGCCCUUUUCUUCCCUGUAGAUUCUCUCCUUGUUGGUACUUUGGAAAAAAUUUAUUGUUAAAUAUUUAAGAAAAUAAAUAAACAUAUAUAUAUAUAAAUAUAUAUAAGUAGCAAAUUAUUGAGCCUUGAGAAAUUUGCCUCUUCCUUUCUUGGGAGAAGGAUGACAUUCACCCACCCAAGAUGUAUGAGGAGCAGCUGAGAGGCACAGAUCCCUGCCUUGGAAGCAGCUCAGAGGGAGUCUGACCAGAGAUAGCUGGUGCCUUAUCAGGCAAUCCAAACGUGCCCAGGCUAUCUGAGAGAUAAGAGGGUGAAAAGGUCCAGAGCCUGGGAGUGAGGACAAGUGUAACAGUGACAAAUCCCACAAGUCCCCAUGUGAGGGGUGGUGAGGAACAAGACAGCAACAAAAUAAACUGGAAUGGGGGGAGCCUUGGUCCCCCUCUUCACCACAGUCUCCUCCCAGCAGAUAAAUACCUUUAUUUGAGAGGUCAUUUUGCUUGCUCUGGUAGAGAAGUGGUCACUGAAGGCAAAAGAGGUGAUUCCUGGUAAACUGGAGAAAGAAAGGGUCAAAUUAUUUACCUUGUGACAGCCCUGACAAGUCAGGAAGCCAAGAAAAUGCAUCUUCAUGGGGGUGUUGGCUCCGUGCGGGGCAGGGGGAGUUCAAUAAAGCCAAAGACUGUUCAGCUGCUAGCAGAAACGAGUGACUGUGAAUUCACCUGGUGUUGUUAUUUUGUGUUUACAAUAUUUAUUUUUAGUAAUUGACUGCAAUGAUAUUAUACAUAGGCUUCCUUAUUUUUGUACUUUUCAUACCGUUUUCCCCUGUGUGGUGUUGUACUUCUCAGCUCCCCUUCGCCACCAUUGCUGCUCCCAGUCAGUGACAAAUAAAAAGAGAAAAAAACCAAA